CCCCCGCUGGCCAUCUACGCCCUGACGCCCGCCCUGCCGGCGGCCGGCGCCUCCCGAGAGGACUUCGUCAUCUGCUCCGUCUGCCUCUUCUGCUUCCAGGUCUGUAUGCUUUGCUCAGUAGGAUAUCAUCUUUUCUGUUGUCACCGCUCAGAGAAGACCAGCCGACGAUGGAUGGCAUUGGAUUAUGCGGGAAUUUCCAUUGGUAUCCUGGGCUGCUACGUGUCCGGCGUGUUUUAUGCAUUUUAUUGUAAUAACUACUGGCGUCAGGUAUAUUUAAUCACUGUGCUGGCAAUGAUCUUGGCAGUAUUUUUUGCUCAGAUUCAUCCCAGUUACCUCACACAACAGUGGCAUAGACUGCGCUCCAUCAUCUUUUGCUCAGUGUCUGGAUACGGAAUUAUUCCCACCAUCCACUGGGUUUGGCUCAACGGCGGCAUCGGUGCAUCUAUUGUACAGGAGUUUGCUCCACGUGUAGUUGUCAUGUACUUCAUCGCUGCUGUAGCUUUUCUCUUCUAUAUUUCCAAAGUUCCAGAAAGAUACUUCCCAGGACAGUUGAACUACCUCGGCUCCAGUCACCAAGUAUGGCACAUCCUUGCAGUGGUGAUGCUGUACUGGUGGCAUCAAUCCACAGUGUACAUCAUGCAAUAUCGGCACAGCAAGCCCUGUCCUGAGUAUAGCGCAGACUUGUGAGUGAAGAGGCACUGCGAUGAAAUGUCUGACUUUGAGUGUCUGGACCUUACCUAAUGAGCUGAGCUAUGAAAUUAGGCACUGAGGCAGUUCCUUUUCUGACUUCUGGACGGUCACCCGCUUGCUGGGACACUGUUAGUAGGCGUUUUGAAAAAACCAACAGCGUUGCCCCGGAUCUGACAUUCAUUUCCUGUUCUGCAAUCAAAACAGGUCUUCCUGCACUGGGACAAGGGAAAGGUGGGCUGUGACACUCAGCAUUCAGAUCACAGCACUGUUUUUUCUGCUUGGUAAACACGAACAACAGAAGUAAUAACCCUUGCUAAGCUAACAGGCCCAUAUACAAGGUUUAUCGGGUUUUGUUCAAGUGCAUAAUUAAGAAACGGCUCCUGACAGCGUGCUUGUAAAACCAUGCUAACCGUGGGACCCGGUCUUGGAUCUAAAUCACAGCGGUACGGUGUGUUGCAUCCUUCAGAGUCUUUGCCUGAAUGACGUGCUUACACUUCAGCAUCGGUUCGGUAACGUAUAAAAUUGAAUUCAGUGGACUCUUGUAUUUCUCUGGACAAGCUCUUUGUUUUUCUG